AUGACAAAAUCAUCAAAUUAUCCGUUUACGGUUUCAAUUCCUUCAACAUUAAAAUCCGGAUCUCAUACACUCAAUGCCAAAAUUAUAGAUAUUAAUAAUCAUAUAUCAAAUAUCGUCUCGGUUUCUUUUUCAUUCGCUAUUCCAUUGGAAUUCACGCUUAACAAUCUCCAAAAGAAUUCGUAUAACAAAGCAACAGAUUCAUCAAUUACUAUUAGUGGAAGUGGAAUGGCAGAUUUAGAUUAUUCAAUAUCAAUAAAAUGUCAAAUAGAUUCUACAACUUUAAAUGCAAAUUCAAAUAUUCAGACAUCAAAACCAGAUAGUACAUUCACAUUCACUGGAACAGUUAAUUUCCCAAGUAAUUUUCAAGAAGGUUCUCAUACAAUUUAUGUUUGGAUAUAUUUAUCAAAUGGUCAAUCAACCACAAAACAAUCAAAACAAUUCAGUUUUGCGAGAAAUACCCCAAUGAUUUCAUUAUCAACAACACCGAAAUCAAAAUAUACAAGAAAUGUUGAUACAAGUAUUACAAUAUCAGGAACAGUUUCUGAUAAAGAUGCAGAUGAAAUCAUAACUGUAAAUUCUGCUUUUGAUGGAAGUUCUACUAUCUCUAAAUCAACACAAAUCACUGUUAAUGAUGCAAGCAAUCAUGCAUUUUCUCUCGUUAUUUCAUUCCAAAAUGGUUUUAGUUUAGGAUCGCAUACGAUAUCAAUUUGGGCUGUUGACAAUAAUGGCAAAUCAACAGCAAAAACAAACUACCCAUUUACUUAUGUUCCUUCAUUAUCCAUCUCUGUUCACAAUCUUGCAAAAGAUUCCUAUUUUAAGAACAUUGAUACAAUGAUGUCAAUAACAGGAUUAGGUGAUGCUGACUUUUCAUCAUAUGACAUUUCCAUUAAAUUCAGUAUUGAUAACACAGAAGUUCAAGCAACGCCAACCAUAUCAAAGUCACAGUACUCAUACACAUUUUCAGCAUCUAUUUCUAUUCCUUCUAAGCUAUCUGAAUCUAGUCAUGAAUUACGAGUUUGGGCAACUUCUACAACAGGUUCAACCACUUCGAAAGUCAUCAAAACAUUUUAUUUCUAUCAUAAUUCACCAAUGCUUCAAAUCUCAACACCAAAUGGCAACACAUAUAUUCACAACAUUAACAAAUCGAUGAAGAUUGAUGGCUGUGUCACAGAUAUUGAUGGUGAUGAUGUAGUCAAAAUUAAUGCAUAUUUUGAUGGAAGUAGUAUUGUUGCAAAUUCAACUACAAUUAAAAUUCAAAGCAGCAAAUCACAUUGUUUUAGUCUUUAUUGUCCAUUCCCACAAACUAUGAAGCAAGGCUCUCAUAAUAUUAAACUAACUGCAAUUGAUCAAUUAAGCAAAACAACUUCUGAAACUAGAACAUUUUCAUUGAAAUAUAAUCAACCAAUCUUAGAAAUAUUAGAAAAACCAACAGAUUCUUUGACGAUUAAACAAUUAAAGCAUUUCGACAUCAAGCUCUAUAUAAAAGAUAUUGAUUUUAAUUCUAAGAUUUCCAUUUAUUUUAGUUAUAACAAAACACAGAAUGUUUUGUUAAGUAAUGAAUCGUUACCAAAUGAUAGUCCAUUAAUUAAAAACUACAAAUUCCCAAUUUAUCAAAAUUCUACAGCAGGCACAUACAAAGUAUAUCUUCUUGCAUACGAUCAAGAUGGAUUAGCCUCUGAAUUAAGAUCAUUCUUAAUUACAUUAAUUAAUCCUUCCAACAAUUGCUGCGAAGAAAAAGUCAAAAAGAAAAAUAAGUCAUGGAUUAACCUAUUCAUAUUUGUAAUUGUAGAUCGAGAGAUUACUUAA